UCACUACUCACCGGAGAUCGGAAUUCGAAUCCGGAUCCGAAUCACAGUAACCGGCGCCGGUUUAAAGAGAUAAUUCCGGUACACAUGUGUUGUUGACGCGGAGGACCGAAAUUCUGCGAAAAUGGGUUGUGUCAGCUCGAAGCAGACCGUCUCUGUCACGCCAGCGAUCGAUCACUCUGGUGUUUUCAGGGACAAUGCUUGUUCUGGUUCCGGUCGAAUUGUGAUUGAGGAUCUUCCUCCGGUGACGGAGAAGAAGCUUUUGUCGUGGAGGAGCAAGAGCGGGAAGAAGAGUAGUAGCAAGAAGAGUGGUAGUGAGUUGGGUAGCGAGUUCGGUGAAUUGAGUGAGUCUGGUAGAGCGAGUUCGAAUUGCAGGAGUGAGUCGGUGAGUUUCCGGCUCGGUAACUUGAGUAAGUACCUUGAAGCUGAGCAAGUCGCAGCUGGUUGGCCUGCGUGGCUGAGCAACGUCGCUGGUGAAGCUAUUCAUGGUUGGGUUCCAUUUCGAUCCGACGCUUUCGAAAAACUCGAAAAGAUUGGACAAGGGACUUAUAGCAGUGUGUUCCGUGCAAGAGAGACUGAAACUGGGAGGAUAGUGGCUUUGAAGAAGCCCCACAAACGUGGGACUGCGUCUACUGCCCUUGUUUCUCAGUAUUUUACUUCAAAGCCUUUUGCUUGUGAUCCCUCAAGUUUGCCUGUAUACUCGCCUAGCAAGGAGAUUGAUGCAAAGCAUCGAGAAGACACAACAAGGAAAAAAAUCAGCGGGAAUGGGAGACGUGGUACAGAAUCGAGGAAGCCAACACGAAAGCCCCCUGCAUUUGCUAAAUUGGCACCAGCUGAGGAUGUACGGCACCACUCCCAGAAGUUUCCGAAACGUAAUGGUCAUUCAGUCCAUAAUUCGAUUGAUAGUGAUGCCACUUUAUGUGAGAAAAUGCAAAAGCCAUCAAGUCAUGAAAAGGAUGAAGCUUCUCAUGUGAAGAACGCAUCACAAGGAGAUGUGCCUUUCUCAGGGCCUUUGCAAGUCUCUGUAUCAAGUGGUUUUGCAUGGGCAAAGCGACGAAAAGAUGACAUAUGUGUUAGAUCACAUAAUAGAUCUCUCUCAAGAGGUCACAUUCCUAACCUGUUGGGACCUUCUCCUGCUUUCAGUGAGAAUACUGACGUUGACUCUAAAACUAAUGAGAAAGAAAAUGAAGAAAAACAUGGGGCAAGAACGGAUUCUCAAGACCGUGAGGCGUAUGAAAUGUUGAAGAUUUCAAUGCUAAAGAAGUGGAGGCAACUUGAACGACCAGAUUCUUUUGAUGGUUCUGACGAGUAUCAUUCACAGGAACUGUCAUUGGCACUUUAUCAGAAAGAAGAAAAGGCAGCAAAGCUGGGUCAAUUGGGUUACGAAGACAAUGAUGACAAAAUCGAAUUCUCAGGGCCCUUGUUGUCUAAAUCUUAUGGAGUUGAUGAGCUUUUGGAACGCCAUGAACGCCAAAUUCGCCAGUUAGUUAGGAAAUCGUGGUUCCAGAAAGGUAAGAAACAAGGGAAAUGAAUUGCUGUAUUAACCUUUCUGUGUCAUGAAAAGCUUUCCAAGGGGAUCCAGAAGAGAGCUCCAAGAACUCUAUAUGCAUUUUGAUGGUUUGAGAAACACAACGUUAACAAGAUCUUCAGACAGAAACUGUGAUGAUCAAGCAAAUAUGGAGAAAGCCAUGAAGCAUUAUUUUUGUUUGUUAAUGUUAAUUUAUAAUAUAAUCUUCUCUAAUAAGUUAAAAUUUUGAGA